UAGACAUAGGCACUUCUAAAGUAUCGCAAAUAAAAUGGCCUAAAGCAUCAAUGAUCUAAACAAGAAAUUGUCAUACAUAUACAUUGGAAGUAUUAUCCGAUUGGAAUCUUCUAUUCAAUGCAAAUCAAUGAGAAAUGUCCUACCCAACGAGUCACGUCCACCAUUUAAAACUAACAAAAUGAUACAAGCCGACAAUGCUUCGACAUCAUGAAAGUAACCCCCAAACGCAAACUUCAGCAUACGACACUAGCGCAAUUAAUAUGCGCCAAAGUGAUUGCGCGCGAAUCCUAUCAUCUGGUCGUAAACAUUGACCGAAACAGAAAAUGGAAGACGACUACCAGCAUGGAAAAAAGAAGCUCCCGUUCUCGCGGGUCUCACUGAUGAGUUGCAAACAUCUUCAAACGACUGCUUUCGCUUCAUAGUGUGCGUUCAGUUGGAAUUCGAAUUGGAUUUGAGUUUGGCAUCCAGCAAGAAUUCAGACUUCCAAACACACUCCGGAACGGGCAUUUUCAUUCUGUCAUUCUUGGUGUUUCCGCGCAGAUAAGAAGCAAAAUGGUCGUUUUCACUUCGAAUCUUUAUUUCCAGUGAAGUCCAGAUUGUGUAGGUACUGCUCGCUCACCCUUCGUAUAUAGGUGCCUUUUUGUGCGGGAUAGGUAUCUGCGUAAGGACCAACCGUUUCGCCUCAAACAAAAAGAGAAAGAAUCACAAGAAGAACAGGGCAGAGAAAGCGACAACAAAUUCUCUCUACCGACUUGGGGUACCUUUUUGAAGUUGUAUGGGUAUAAACAGUGCAAAGGAUAUAACUGGCGAGUCUGCGCUUCUCGGCAUCAGUUCUGAUUAACAUAUCGUACGGAGUGAGUGUGAUACGCAAAAGAAAAAAAAUCAUUUUCAAUUUCAAAUCCAGUGAAAACGCUGACGAUAACAUAACAAUGGCUUCGGUUGAUCGCGAUGCUCAAAGCCCCGAUGGGACAACGUCGGGCGACAAUUGGACCAUUUUGCAGUCGGAUAUGGAAGCUUCUACAAAUGAAGCUAGCCCGGACAAGUGUUUAAUGCAGCGCAAAAUGCUGAUGAGUCCUACCAAAGAUCAGUACAUAAAGUUGCGAAGUUCAAGUGACGAAGGAUUACCGUAUUCGGCCAAGAUUCGCUACGGAAGCACUUAUUGGAAGUUGCACGGGGAGCAACGUUUGGUCACCAUCGGGUCGGACUAUGUGGCUCAGGUAUCGGUUGAACCGUCCGCCGAGCUGAACAGUGUCAGUGAUUUUCAACAGGCGAAGAAGAUUCUGUUAGGACUAGUGAUAACUGAAAAAGUACAUGAAGAUAAACUGCGACGAAAAAUUUGUGAUUUGGCAAGCUCUAUUCAAAAGAAGCUUGCUGAACAUGGUGAUGAAUGUGGACAGUGCUCUAAAAGUGGACAAUUGUUUGAGAUAAGACGUCUGGCCGAAAAGCAUUGCUAUGACGUCGGUUUUGACUUUUGCAAAGAAAUGUGUUCCAAUAAAUCUAUGUUCUGCAAAAGCUUAAAAGUGGACAUCGUGAUGUAUUCUGCUAUGCAAAACUGCCUGAGGGAUCGAAGCAUCUUCCUUAGGGAUGAUAAAUGGGCGAUUGGUUUGGAUAAAGAAAAGCAGAUGCUGGAGGACUUUUUCAAAGCAGUGAUGGAGAAACAUAGAAAUCUUCUGCUGGGAUCGUGUUCACCCCUAAUGGAAAACGAGCUGAAAAAAAUGGACGCUGAUCGCUUUUUAUUGCUUACAAUGGCUGACGUGAAAAUUUUCAGUGAUAUGGAGUUCAAACUGAAAGGAAAAGUGCUGCAAGAAGCGUUGCCAGUCAUCAUCCGAAAUUAUAUAAAAAGGAUAAGAGCUUUCGAUUGUAGCCAAUCGUUGCCAGCAGUAAAUGAAAUCUAUUUCUAUGUAUGCAAAAGCUUAAUUGAGAUAUCAACCCGUGUUGAAUCAAAACUAGCUAUACAAAACUCCAUCGCAUUUGAACGCACGCAUUGGAAAAUUUCACCGGAUGCAAUAAUUACCACCAAAACUCCCGUAGAAAAAUGUUUAGUCAAUCAACUGCACAUGCUGGUUGUCUUUGCAGCUUGCUUUGAACCGGGAAAUCCAACUGAUACCUUGUCAAUCUACGACCGCAAGAUCAAGCUCUUCAAAAGUUUUACAUUUUCUCAAAGUGAACAAACCGUAUGGUCAUGUAUGGUGGACGCAGGGAUGAUUUGUAUCUUUCGGCGUGACUUUAAGCGCAUCGAUGAGUUUUCAGAAAUGCUUACAACAUUCCUCCAGUUUCUUGUAUCGAUCGGUCAACAAACGGAAGUGCAGGACUCCAUGCGCAUGGUAGCGCACAUCAUUUUGGAUUUUGCAGCGGUGGUUGAGCAGAACAAAUUCGGAGCAGAACAAGACGAGAUUGGUAAAGACAUUCUUCGGAAACAGUUACCCUUCAUAUGCCAAGCAAUCCGACAAAGUCAGACAGAUUACGCUGGACUUAAAGAUUUGGCAAGUGUAUUCCAGGACUGCUGGACUUGGAGCAAAAGUGGAUUUUCCAAACUGAUGAAUAAGCUGAACGGAAAGUAUCUUGCUGUCCAUCUGAAUGAACUGCAAUCGAAGCUUCUUCACAUUGUUUUGUGUGCUUUGGAUAGAGAUGUUUCCGUGGACGAAGUAACCACAUUCUUCAGAGCAUUCAACGAACUUGCCAUGGAUUUGGAGGCCCUUAGUUUCGAAUGGUACGUACGUGUGCACAAUGAGAAGAUUUGUAAAACGCUAUUCGAGAAGAAAGCGAUCCAAGCACAACGUGGACCUGACAACGAUUGCUUUUUGGUGAUCGAAGAUAAAUACGAUGAAUUCAUAGAAAUUUGUACCAAUGAAGUCAUUCCGAAGCAUUAUCAGGUGGAAAUCGUAAAAACGCUCCUGGAUUACAUUGCUCUUAGUCUGGAAAAGCGUAGUUGGAACAACGGAGUACCUUUAACAGCAACUGACCAAUUGAAUGUUUCAAUAGCAUUGAUCGACGCCAUCAGAACUUCUCUUUUUCACCUAAAGGAGCAACCGAACUAUCCAAACUUCAUGCAGUUCUACAAGGAAAGGACGAAGCCGUUCAAAAGCAUCAUUAAGGAAUGUGGUUCGAUUUCUAGCCUUACAAAGCGUUUGGCUCUCUUGAAGCAAUCAUUCAGAUACACUCGUAACCAGCACAUCAUCGAUGUCGAUAAGGCGAUUGGUCUGUUCACCACUCUUAAUAAAAACUGCCAAGAGGAUUUACUGAAGAAUGCUUUCAAGCUGUAUGUUGGACAAUUCGAGAAGCACAUUCGUGAGUGCAAUGACUUGGAAUAUGCCGACAAGAUCAAGCGCAUAGUCCGCCACGUUAAGGAUAAGAUUUGCCCUAUGGAGACUACCAAGUGGACUGCGGGAUUUAAGCAGAACUCUAUUCCGUUGAUCCUUGCUGGUGUAAGAGCUGUGUGGUCUGUACUAACAACGGUGGAUUCCUUCAACACAGGAAAGUUUGUGAUGUCACAUUCGCUUCAAAUUCUCACCAUUUUAAGACUUUUGUGUGUGGACAAUAAGGUCCUUGGCGUUGAAAAUCACCUAGCGCAAGUAUUGACCGAACAAGGAAAAUCGUUGGUACUGGGGCUGGUUGCAACAGUUCUGGCCUUAUUUGGCCAUAAAGUGGAAAUAGCGUAUCACAGUGAACAUUUGGCCAAACGCGAUGCUGCUCAGCUCGGAGAUUUAUAUGACGCAUUUGCUAUCAAAUCGAAGAUUUAUUAUAGAACUAUCGACGACCUGGCGGAUGAGCGGAUGCGCUCUUAUUCCGAGAAGGCGUGGCUGUAUGUGAGCAAAUGUAUUGGAAUCCCUUACGAAUCGGCAGGCAUCGACACUCAAGGCAGUGCUGAUCUGAGUAAUACCGUUUUGUUGAUGAACGAGUUUGACGUCUUUUUGGACAAGCACUGUGGACUAAUGAAUUAUAAUGUGUUCGCCCCGGAGAUCACAGGACUUGGAAAGAUCCAGCAAAAAAUUUGGGAGUUUGUCCAAGCUGGUAGAGAGGACAUUGAGUGUCAAAUAGAAUCCUUUGUGCAGUCAUCGAGCGAUCCAGAUAUCGAAACACUAAAGGCUCUCAUCGAGCGUCCAGGUUCCUAUAAACUGCUCUCAAUUGAUCAUCACGGCCCGAAGGAGUUAAUGUUCACCAAUAAAACGUUCUUUGCACUUCAGUUAAGUGAAAUGGUGAAAACUGCCAAAGACGUCCACAGCGGACAUGAAGAUUACAAAUAUUCCCCAAACUGCAACCUUGAUUCCAACGGUGCUUUUCAAUGUCAAAAGGAACUGGGCGAGUUUUGUUCCAACUAUUACUGCCAAUACUUCAACGCUUUCAAAUAUUUCCAACUGAAAAAGGAUAACUUCGUGCAGAAUGUAAAUGGUUUCGCCAACUUUGGAUAUUUGCCCUUGGAUUUCUCAACAUUUUCGUACGCAAAAAUAUUGGAUUACUACCCCCUCGUUCUUUGUUGCACGGAAAGGUUGGAAGAUUUCAAACCAAUAACGCAAAACACCCUACUGCCGUCUUUCUUUGGAUCAUCCAAGCUGAAGUUCAAUCAGCAGGAACAUUUCCAAUGUCUCUCCAGCCCAUCCGAGUGGAGAAAAGCGAUAUUCACUCGCAUCAACGACAUUAUCAAGGAAAACCGAUCGGUGGUCGUAUUCUUCGGCAACUAUACCGUAUUGAAACAGUUCAGCCUGGAAUUCAAGCAGCAGAUUGAUCGCUUAAACGAGCUCACCGUGAUAACAGAAGAUUCGAACUGGGAACGUUACGUCCAUGAAGCAGGCGUACCUCGCACCGUCACCCUGGCGACCCGUGAAAUGGCACGUGCAGUGGACUUCGAGCCCAGUCUGGCAGUGGAGGAAAACGGUGGAAUUCAUGUGAUUCAAACAUUCUUCUCAUUGAUGGAACAUUCGGAGUCUCGCUACAGGGGGCGAACCGCCCGGAUGGGUAACGCCGGAAGUUACGAAUUGAUCGUCGCCAGGCCGCAUCUGUUUACGUGUCUGAUGGGCAACGAUGCGGCGAACAGUGUGCUCAGCUAUGCGCAGCUGGACAAGUACAGGAAGAACAUGACGAAAAAUCUUAAUGAACAGAGAGCUGAUUAUCUCAGGUCGGCUAAUCAGAAGCAUACUAUGGCGGAAAACUUUUAUGAAACCAUUUAAAUUGAUGAACUAAAUAAAUGAUGAACUAGAUAAAUGUGUUAGAGUGUAACAUUGAA